UGUUAAAACAUCGUCCUGGUUCACACAAAUGGUUCUGGAGUCACAAUUUAAACAUGUUUAGGUCCUGCAGUCAUACUUGUUCUGAAAUAAUGAUAAUUAAAUCAUCUCUUGUCUCUUGCUAGAAAGUUACAAUUUGAGAAAGCCAGGUUUUAUUCUUUUGCUCGCUAUGUUCAAGUGAUUCGAUUUGUUGUACGUGCCAGUAGAAUCACAUAUUCAGCUGUUUGUUUGGACAGAUUCCAGCUCGGAUCAAACCUGCAUCAACUGGCUCAACCGGUUAGACAAAACAUCAGAGAUAUGGUGCAGAACGGUUGACAGUAUCUAACGUGGACAAAAUGAAAGCAAGAAACAUAAAAAUAAAGACAUGCCUGGUGGUAGACAGGUAUGGAGAGUAUGACACUAUCGUAGGGAUGUUUUCAUAUCUUCCACACCCAAUCAGAAGGAUACACAACAUUUCCGGAAGCAGUCAUUUACAAAGUCUGAUCAGAAUGGUUCGAAUUAAAGGGAAACUUACUCAAUGAACCUGCACAGCAGAUAGUAUACCGGCAUCCUACUGAGUCCUACGCAAACAGACUGACAUAUUUAAUGCAAAGAGGGAUGACAACUCCGGGAAUGGAUUCAAACCUUUUCAGUGGACAUUUCUUUUUCUGAAGAGUCUUGGACGUUUUAAGAGAUCUCUUCAGAACAACAGUAAGUGGUUCAAAACAGCCUCAGAAGUGACUUAGACCUGCUUUAUUUCUCCCUGUUCUCACACUCAGUGGCUUUCAGCUUUAUUACCUUCACCAAGAAGGUUAUGUUUUUGAUAUAGUUUGCAUUGUGUGUAAAUACAAUAACUACAAAAGUUUUCAAUGAAUUCUGAUAAAACUGUAGCGUUUCAGAGCAGGGUAGUGUUAGCAGUUCAUUAAAAUCUGCCCUACUCACAAAGGUGUUCAAGGUCAACUUAAUUGGUUGAAAAGUAUUAUAGCUUGGAAAGUAUGGUUCUCAAAAGUGUCAUGCAUAUUUUCAACAUAUAGAAGGUAAUAUGGGAUUUUGAAGGAGGAGAUCAAAGAACAAAAAAUCAAACAACAACUGCGGAAUUAUUCUGUUGACUGUAUUUAAAAGGUACCUGGACUGUUCAUUUUCAGAGACCGCUCUCAGUGCCACCUUCACUGUCUUUCUUCAUGCAGGACAUAAGAGAAAUAAAGGCAUUGCUCUAAAUGACAGGCUAAAAAUAUGUGUUGUUCUAAUUGCAGAGAAAGCAUUUUGCCUCUUCCCCAUCUUCAAAGACAAACAACAGACUCCACCAUCUCUGGGAUUCUCCCCGUUUCCCGACAUACACUCAGAAGCUGUUUAUGUUUAUCGGCGUAAAUUAUAGUGUAAAACAGACAUACUUGAAACAAGUGACAUCAAAGCACUGUUAUUUAGGAUUGUGACCAACACAUCAAAGAAAUUCCAACAAAGCUUCUUCUAACACACACAAAUCUACUUUCAAUGUAAAAACAAGUAAGCCUUGUUUUGAUAUUGGCCUUGAAGUUUUUCCUCUUGAGUUGAGAUUUUGUUGUUAGAAAACAAACUAAUACUGCUGAUGGUGCUCUUUCGAGUGAGUGCAGAAAGUGCUUCCUCUUCUGUGUUAUGUCUAGUUGUUGUCAGGGCAGUGAAUGACAAUUCAGAGGUCAGGGGUCUUGAGUUCAUGUUCACAGCAUGAAUUGAAAGCUUUCUCGGUGCUUCUCAGUGUGCAUCAGUGCUUGUGUGUCAUAUGACAUAACCUUUAGGAAUUGAUCGCAUCCGCCUUGUUCAAGUAGCUUGGAAAGAAAAGUCUGGACUUCUUUAAGUUGCUUGAAGAUGUUUCACCUCUCAUCCGAGAAGCUUCUUCAGUUCUAAGGUCAAAUGGUGGAGAGUCCCAGUUAUAAGCCCUGUGGGAGUAACCCACCGAGAGGGACAAUGAUCCCCUAAAUGAUCCUCUAAUUAAUCACAUGAGCCAAGGUGUGAAAGCGGGUGUGGGUCACAAUCAGCCAAGGUUUUGGGUGAGCUCAUUGUGGAACCUAGUCCCACCCUAUCAUGUUAUUUCCUGAGGUCAGAUGGCCCAGGAUGUGAGUGGGCGUUGAGGCGUCUGCGAAGGGAUCUCAAAGAUAAUCUGGGACUCUCCACCAUUUGACCCUAGAACUGAAGAAGCUUCUCGGAUGAGAGGUGAAACGUCUUCAAGCAACUUAAAGAAGUCCAGACACUUUUCUUUCCAAGCUUCUUAGACUACGAUGACCUGGAUGAUUGAGAACCUUCACAGAUAUAUCGCAUCACCUUGUUUUAGUGUAAGUUAUUCACACGUAUUCCUUUUAUCUUUCCUGUUUAAUAUUCUGAAAGUAAAUAAACGAAUGAAAAGAGGAACACUAGCUAUGACACGAAAUGACAUAUUAAAUUCAGUUGGACAAGAAUAAUGUCUUAAUGUCUUUCCAGUUUUGUUUCGUAAUGAUGAUGUGACAAUAUGUAUCAAUAAACCAAACUACAGAAUUCCAACAAUUAUUACAGUUGUUAUUUUAAUAUCUGCUUUUUUAUGCCAACACUAACAGGGAAUUUUAGCAAAAGUAAGCACCCAGGGGCACUCAAUUUUAGAAUUAACCUUGCUCCAUGAUAUUAGGAAAAUAAGACUUCAGAGAACUGAACGGUAGGAACUGUAGGACAUUUUGACAAGUUGUAGUUUUGGUGCUUGAUAAAUUUCACGACCAUAUAUUUUGAAGUUAACCCUCUCAGGCCCAAAUUAAGUUUUUUGUUGCUAAUGCACAACCAAGUCCUGCAGUGGUACUUCUGAGUAAAAGAAACUCAUAAAAUAUGUAUGUGGAGUAAUCAGGUUGUUAGUUUUUAACUGUUGCAAAUCUGCAACGUCUGCCUGGAGAGGGUUAAAACACAGAAAAAACCCAAAAACGCUACGGAGCUUUAUGGAGUACUAUUGAGAGGCAAAUGUUACAGUCCCAUUUAGUGGAAGGAGAGCAAAUUAUAAACACAACUUCCAAGAAAUAAGAUCUUCUUUAGUUUUAUAAAUGUGCAAAGAAAUAAUUAAAUAAUAUAUAAAUAUUUAAAUAAUUAGCAUAUCUUAAGUCAGUUUUUAAAACACAUGUUAUGAAACCACAUUGAAAAUCUGACAGGUAAUGUAAAGGCAAUGUAAAGGGUAAUGUAACACCCUUGUCUCAAUGUCACAUAUGCCAUACAUACAAAGCACAAAGCCACAAUGUGUUGACAUAGCAGUACAAUAGAUCACAAACAGAGCGUUGAGUCCUUUUCCUUUAGUACCUACUCGGAUCGUCUCGCUUCUGCUCCAUCUGCUGGUCCAUGGACAAUAAAUAAAUACAUAAAAAAUACAGGCACAGAAAUAAAGCGAAAGAGAAGCUUCAUCUACAACCCACAGUCAGAGAGGAAGAAUUUUGUUCUUUGUUUAAUAAACCUCUUCCUGGUUCACAAUCAAUGUGUGUGUAUUGCUAUGAAAGAGGUUGCCACUCCUUAUAGACACACCCAGUGGUUGCUUGAACGGUGCUUAAACUGUUGGCAGGUUUGGACAGGUAUUCUAUAGCAAAACAGCUGACUGUACCUGUCCCAGCUGAGUGGGACAGGUAGACUGACAUCUUUUAUUUAUUUAUUUAAAAAAGGGAAACAGCUGCAGUAAUUUAAACUUUCUUAUCUUUUAGUGGACAAUCUCUUUUCAUCCUGAUGCUUAGAAGAGUGCUUGUGUUUUAUGAGAUCUCUUCAGAACAACGUUUAUUGUGUCUCCAGGCUCUUCUCUUGAUUCCUGGGUGUGUUUGCAUCUUCUUAAAACAUGGACAAAAAGGAAGGUGCACAUCAGGUAUUCAGUGAUGUUGCAUCACUGAUGGCCCUUGCUGGUGAUAAAUGUGUGUUUUGUCAAAAGAAAGAACGUGCAAACAAGGAUCACCUUCACAAAAAGCAUCUCAAAGAUGGAAUUUAUUUUUUGGAAAAAAAACAAGAGAAAUUUGUGGUGGCCUGCUAUUGUAAGGAUGUCAAAGGAGCAAAGAGAAGCCAUUAUCAUUGUCCGUUGUGUAACUUUGCAAUUUUAACACGAUCUUCUAUCUUCACGAAACAUUUAAAAGACAGACAUGGUAUCAAAUCAAGCAAAAAACAAGAAACCCCAAGCUCUUUAAAAAGAAAGGCUGAAAACAUUAGCGAUGAUUCCCCAGAGGACUCCGAUUCAAAGCCCGAACAUUUUUUAUGCACCCCCUGCACAGCUAUGAUGAGUAAACAGCCACACAUAAAAAGACCCAUCAGAGAAGUACAUCACCUGGACUCUGCACCGAUGACAUGUAUUGAUGUUAUAAAUGGCAUUUAUGUCACACCAGAACACACAGAAACACAACACAGUCCAGCUUUUCCAAUUCACGUCAUGAAGUCUGCUAAUCCACCACAAAUAGACUGUGAGGUUGAGAAGUGUCGCAGGUUCAUGCAGAUGGCUCGAUUUUCGGGAAAUCCGGGAAAAGAAUGUGUUCAUUUAGAAAGAACAAAAAAUGCCAAGCCAUAUGUUAAGCCAGCAGUCCUUACAUCAAAAUCACUUCAGGACAUGUUGAGCAGAGGGCUAAUGUCAUCUGAGUGGGGCGCAAAAUGUGAGGCGCUCGACAGUGCUGCCAAACAAUGUGGUGUUGAUAGCGUAUUUCCUGUGUGUUAUGAAGAUCAGGGGCCCUCACAACAGUGGUAUUUUUUCUCAGUUUUUACAAAUGAAACUGACCACUGGUGUCAGUUCCAGAGGACAAGGGUGACAUUUGAUUCAGUAACUAGAAAAUGGAAUUGCCAGUGUCAGGGAACAGAACGAUCUCAGCAAUGUAUCCACGUAAUGAUGGGAAUGUGGUGGAUUUUCCAGGAGACAUCAGAGAACAGCAUUAUUAGUGAGACAUCAAAAAAUAUAUCCACAGCAAAAAUAUGUAGAAUGACAGAAUAUAUUUACACCAAAAAGCGUAUUCCACGUCCGAAGGACCUGAAGUUAGGCACUCAAGAGGAAAAACCACCGCCAUCUUUUGUUCCUUGGGAAAUCACCUGUCCCUACUGUCCAGGGCCGACCCCUCCUCAGCUUAACGCCCCAAAAGUUAUCACCAACCAAGCUGUGAUAUAUGGUCUUAGCAAUUUCCACAAAGGUGUCUCCGUUGCUAUGAAAGAGUGCCCACGGUGUGCUAACACUGUGAGAUUUCAGGAGUAUUCCUCUGGUUUCCACAAUUUUAACAACCACAUCUUAUUAACACUACCUCUAUGUGAACUCCUGCUGUCAGGUUUGGAGAACAAGACAACCAGUGGACGUAUGCUGGACACUCUGUCAGUACUUAAUGACAAUCGCUACCACCACCAAAUGGUGAAGAAGGCAUUCCACCACUUUUUGUCAUUAUCAGACUUUGACUUCAACUUCUUUUGCUACCAGUGUGGACACCACCCAGCUGUGGUUGUGGCAGAUGGCAACUGGAAACUAGGCUUUGAUGUACCUCUUGGAUCAUUUGAAAGGCCAGAUCCAGAUACCAUAUCUGACAAGGAUCUUGAAGUGGAUAUCGUCAAGGCAUGGACAGAUCUGGACAAAUCACUCAUAGCAGAAGGCCUUAUAGCAGGAACAUCUGUUGCAAACCCAUACUGCAAAUCUGUUCACCAGUCUACUAUGGCACCAUGGAUGGGAAAGCACACUAGAUUGAGGGAUAUCCUUCCAAAAACUGAGAUUAAAAAGGCACUGAAAGAAAAAAAUGAUCAGAACAUACAUUCACCAGAACAAAUAAUUGAAGACAUAAUGCUUCAAACCACUGACUCAGAGAAGAACCAGAAAAAAGAAUCCCAGAAUGCACUGGGUAUGAUUAAAGGAUUCAAGGAACUACACCCAAAACUUUCCAAGAAACUUCAAAAAACAGGUGGUGUACUUCAUUUCUCCUGUGUCCAUGGUGUUGUUUAUUAUAUCAAUUUUCUUUUCUGGAUGGAGUCAGCAAGGGACCAUGCAGAUGGCUUGCUAAGUUUUAAGCACGUUCCAACCUGUUACAUUUCUGACAUGGCUGGUGAGGUUGCCAGCCACACUAAUGACCAAACUAAUCAGAUGUUUUUUAAGCCACACGAUGGAAGACUUUGUGCACCAACCACAGAUAAUCUAAAACUAGCAACCAAAAAUGAACUAAAGGUUGAAAUGCAAUGGGUGAAGAACCUCAGAUUUCCAUUACCAGUGAAGUUACAGCAAAAUAUAAAUGGAACACCAGCAGUACAUCCAAUCACAAGGACAUCUGACAGGUAUUCACUGUAUGAUCAAUUCCACCAAAUAAAUCCAAGACAUCCAGAAGAUAAUUUAAGAAGCGUCGUCAUCUGCCCAACACUUCGACGAGAGGUCAACUCUGCAGUAGCAAAACAGUUCAAUCAAGAGCUUGAAUCCAUUUGGCAAUCUUUGUGCCAAAUGAAUGAAUCCCACUUCAAACAGACUGUGAGAGUGUUGAUUGAACUACACAAUGAAAAAAUUAACAGGACAUUUAAGGCUGAGAUGGAGGCUUUGGGCAACACACAAUUGUCUGUUGGACUGCAUGGGAUGUUGGGAUUUCAUACUGCUGAAGGGGAGGAACACAGUGUGUUGAAAUCCUCAUCCAUAUCACAAUUAUAUGCCACAAGUGAUGAUGAGAAGGAGAAACUCAAUCAGCUACUCUCUGGAUCCCGUGAUGAAACUCAAGCCCUGGCUUAUGUUUCACGAAGAUUUCCAGUCUCAAUAAAAGACAUUAGCAGCGUUUGCCCACUAGACUUGUUGCGUCAGUCAUUAUUGUCAUCGCCGUGGUUGACAGAUGAUGCUGUUAACUAUCGGGUGGGGCAGCUCGCUCAAGAAAACAAGUGUGGUGCUUUAGGCACCUUUGAUUUCACUUUGUGGCACCGGGAAUGGACCGAAUCUGGAGCAGUCAGUGAUGAAGUUGCCAAAUGCGUUCCGGACUCAGAAAAGAUAUUCCUUCCCAGAAUUGUGGGUCAUUCUUCACCAGAGACAGGCAACCAUUUCAUCCUUUGGGUGUUUGACUUCAAAGCCAAACAGAUUAGAAUAUACGACUCACUGAUGACUUCCAGCAGCAUCAGUGAUGAUGACAUGGACCUGCUCAGAAACGUCUUCAGGUUUUCUGGUGGGCUUCAAGGUUGGACAGUCAAAUAUCCUCCACAGUGGAAGCAGGAGGACUCCGUUAAUUGUGGUGUUUUUGUGUGUUCGGCUGCAGAAAAUGAAGUCCUACAUCACAAGGUCACUGAUGAUGCUCUGACCCUUAGUGAGUGCAGGAUUCUUCGUCUGCACCACGCUACACAAAUGCUGAAAAAUGUGAAAGCUGAGGAUUUCCCACCGACUAUGGAAGACAUGUUGAAGAUUCGACAGAAAGAAAUGGAAAUACAAGAAGCUGGAGUUGAACAGACCGACUCAGGGAUUCAUUGCAUGGCCAUGCAAAUAAAGGCAUGCUUGUUCCAGAGAGUGACUGGGAAAACCAGUGUUUUUCAUGACCACAGAAAUCAAUGUAUGUGGCUACUGUGCACUGUCUGCAAAAAAUGUCUGCAUUUUGAGUGUGCUGGUGUGGAGGGAGACUCGAAAGACUGGGAAUCAAAGGGUUUUGUUUGCGGAUGCAACCUUACAACUAAUGUAGGUGACAUGCUGGAGGCUGUUACAGUUACAGAAAUCCUUUCAGAUGAAGAAAUUAAGGAUUUGGAAAGAAAACUGCAGAGUGGACUUGUUCUCUCCAAUCGGAUGUAUCUGUGGAAUCACAGAGAAUUUGAUCCUGAACUUUGCAAACAUUACAGUGAACAUUUUACUUUAUUCAGUGACAUAAAGACAGAAGAAAUGAUCCAAAGACUUGAAAGAAUUCUGUCAACGCCAGUGGAGGAGCAGCUAUACCUUAGAGAGGUCAUUUUGCCAGAGGUUUUGAUUCGAUGGUUGCAAAGCAGCGGGAAAAUGUGCAGAUACCAAGCUGAAUCUAUACUUCUGGAGGGCACAUCUUACAAAGGCAUGGAAAUUACAAGAGAGACAACAGCUGGUGAUUCUGGACACAUAGAAGAUGAAAACACUUUUCAAAGUGACUGCAAAGCUGCGGCUGCUUUUUGCUACAACAAGGACUUGGAUGGAAAAAUUGACCUUCCUGAGGUCAAAUUGGAAGAAGAAGACAUGCAGAUCCAGGAGGGUGGUCACCAUGACGAUUCCCAAGGAGAAAAUGUCACAUUUGUAUAUCAAAAAAGCGAUGACAGUGACAGCGCUGAGACAGAACUUACAAUUUCUAAAGAAAUCUUAGCCAUGUUCAAGAAAGAAAAUGAGAUUCCUGACCUUAACCUUUCAGGCCCUAACUUUAUAAGUACUUGAUUUCUGGUUUAUGUUUGUUUCUCUUCAGUCUGUCUUUUGGGUGGCUGUGGCUCAGGAGGUUAACCAGGUCACCAACUAAUCAGGUUUUUGGUUUAAUCCUCCUCUGCUGCAGUCCUGCAUGCCAAAUAUCCUGGGGCAAGAUAGUAACCCCAAGUUGCUUUUAUAUGAAUAUGAAAGCAUGUGCAUGUAAGAUAGAAUACACUUACAUAGGAAAAGCAUUUUUAACAAUUGUAUGGAUGAAGUAAAUUGUGCAAAAUCAUUUUAAAUGCUCAGACUUGAAGAACUAGUCCAUUUACCAGUCAGUGUCCAUUUGUCUACCUCUGAUUCCUGAGCGCCCUGUCUGUGUCUGGCCUUAAUGCUCUGUCUACGUGAAUACCUUUGUUGAAGCACUGAAGCACCAGGGUGACCAUCCGCGGCGCCAUCUUGGUAAAGUUGUACCUUAUCCCUGUAUUUUCUCCCUUCCUGUUCCCAGGCUCAUCUCUCUGUCUUUUCCUCUGUGUCUUUGUCAUGCCUACGAAACAGACAUUUCAACACUGUGUUAAGCUUCUGGAGCACAGAUGUUUUGAAACACUGCUCCAAAGCCUGGUUCAAAGCACACAGGGCACAUGACUGCAACUAAAUGAAGUGUUGGUAUUGCAGUUUCGGCAGGUGUCUUACCUGCUGCUUCGAAGCAUAGCCAGUCGCAAGGAUUCACAUUUUUCUAUUAACCAGAGUCUUUAGGACUUGUAUUUAUUGAAUUAAUGCUUAUGAUACAACUGUGAAUGCAUGAAACAAAAUGUUGCACUCUCUCAUUAUUAUUUUUGCUGUGGACUGUGAAGACCAAAAUAGACUAUCCACUCACUGAAACACUGGAAUUCAAAGUGUAAUUAAACAAACAUUAUUUAAAUAGAUAGAAAUAAUAUAUAAAUAUUUUUACUUUAAUGAUUACUGGCACAUAGAUGAGAGAAAGCUAGAGACAGAGACUGGUGAGUGGGCUUCAUCCCCUCCCAUCAGCAGAGCGACAGAGCAGCUCUAGUUUUUUCUACUUUCUGAUGUUCGACACACAUAAAGAAUAUAUUUAUAAAUUUAAAAAAAUGCUAAACAAACACAUUUAUCAAUUACAGGGGAUGUAUUUCUUAACAUUUUUUAUGACAAAUGUUUUUUUUUCUUUUCUCACUGAUGCUCCAUUUGUUAAUACCUCAAAAACAACAGGAGUAAUGCAGUUUCACUGUAGCCUAAACUCCAACCUCACCAUAAACAUCAUGCCAGUGUUACAAAACACACAGCAACCAAAGCAGUGUGAACUUCAUCCUAUUUCUUUUCUAGCAUAUACAUUGUGUUGACAUAGAGAUAUUCAUGUAUUUAAGCUCACAAAUUAGUAUGAGUGUGGGUGUUGUGUGUAUAUACUGUCUACAUCCCCCUCACUGUAUUUACAGUUUCUGUCUGUCAGUUUUCCUCUUAGAUGAUUUGAUCUGUAUUGAUCUUUUUUUCCCAUCAUUUAGUCAAUAAAGCUGUUUUCUUUUUAAAAUUUA